AUGGAACAAGAAUACCCUGAUACCGCAAAAAUGCUGGGAAAGCACAUGUACGUGGAUGAUCUGGUGACUGGGGCGAAUGAUGCAAAAGAGGCAAUCAAGAUUGCGAAAGACUCAACAGAGAUCCUACAACGUGCGAACAUGAAGUUGCACAAGUGGGCAUCAAACGAUAAAAGCGUGCUGGAGUUCCUGAGAGAAACAGACAUGUUGACGUUUUCUGUCGAUGGAGUUUGGAACAUGUACCAGGGAACUGGGGCCACCAAACGACUUGUGCUACGAAUUACAGCACGGAUAUUUGAUCCACUGGGUAUGUUGGCACCGUUUACUAUCCGUGGAAAGGCAAUAUUUCAGGAGCUGUGGAAGCUAAAGGUCGGAUGGGACGACGCUUUGCCUGCGCAGUCGCAAGUAUCCUGGAGCCAGUGGGGUUCUGAACUGUCUCAUCUUCAAGAGGUUCAAUUACCAAGGUAUUAUGGAGCGAAUGGGGUCGCCGGCGUCAGACACAUCGAAAUACACAUCUUUUGCGACGCCAGCCCGACCGCAUAUGGGGCAGUGGCAUACACAGUCAUGGAAGACAAGUCUGGGACGAGAAGCAGUGCGUUUCUCAUCGCAAAGACAAGACUCCCUCCUCUAAAGGCGCAGACGAUACCUCGACUUGAGCUGAUGGCUUGUCUCGUCGAAGGAAGGUUGUUCGCGUACCUGAAAGCAAACUUUGAAGCAUGUCUCACGCAAAUUCAUUUCUGGAUGGACUCAAAGAUUGCGCUCUGUUGGAUACAAGGGGACGCCAACCGCUGGAAGCAGUUCGUUCAAAACAGAGUGAGGGAAAUUCAAGAAAUCACAAACUCCGCGGAAUGGAGAUACUGCAACACAAAGGAGAACCCGGCGGAUAGGCUGACCAGAGGCAUCACUGCAGACAAAUUGAUUGAUAGCCAGCGGUGGUGGACGGGACUAAACUGGAUUUUGUGCGACCAACGCCAAUGGCCUACGUCGAGCACGGACAGGGAAAAUUUCGGGAAGGUAGAGCUGGAAGAAAAAGUCUCACAAGACGUGAUUCAGACGCUAACCGCAACAAUUGGGGAAAUCGUCGACAUGAAGAGGUACAGCUCAGUAAAGAAGCUACAUCAUGUGGUAGCCUGGGUCUUGCAAUUCGUAGCCAAGCUGAAGAAACGGAGUGGGGAAGGUGGACCUCUCGGCUCAGAAGAGGUACGAGAAGACGAAAAUUAUUGUCUGAAGAUCGUGCAGCAGAACGCGUUUCAUGCAGAAAUAGCAGCGGUUCAGAGCCAAAGACCGUCGCCUGCGAAAUCGCCCCUACAAGGGUACAGUCUGUUUUUGGACGGCGAAGGGAUCCUCAGGAUGACUGGCAGAUUACAAGAAAGCGACCUACCCUACGCUCAAAAGCAUCCUAUUGUGCUACCAAAGCAAGACCCUUACUCUGAAGCUAUCAUCAGAAAGUGCCAUUUGGAUGUGUUACACGGCGGUAUGCGAGAUACCCUAGUACAAGUGCGAGAGAAGUACUGGAUAGUACGUGCUAGGCAAGCUGUCAAGAAGGUUAUAAGAAGUUGCGUCGUAUGUCAACGAUACAAUGCGCAGGCUUCAAGACAAAACCCAGCGCCACUACCAGCGUCAAGGGUAUCGCAGUCGGAGCCGUUUACAGUUACUGGACUUGACUUCGCAGGACCACUGAUGGUGAGGACGAGCCGAUCAACGAGGCAGAUAUACUUCGUGAUAUUCGUAUGCGCAACAACGAGGGCGGUACACCUGGAAGUAAUGCAGGAUAUGUCCACUCCAACAUUUUUGCUGGCUUUCCGAAGAUUUGUUGCACGACGUGGAAUACCGAGCAAGGUGUACAGCGACAAUGCGAAGACUUUUCAAAAGAGCAACAAAGAGUUGAAGAAAUUGUGGAAAAUUGUAACUGGAGAGGGUGUCAAGGAGAAGAUCACUGACUGGGCAAUUGAUUGGCGAUACAAUGUUCCGUACGCUCCUUGGUGGGGCGGAUUUUAUGAGCGACUCAUCAGAUCCGUCAAGGUGGCUUUGAAAAAGACCACCGGCGAAAGGUGCCUGAACGAGACAGAGCUCACCACUAUCGUUACCGAGAUAGAAGCUGUUAUAAACUCGCGGCCCCUCACUUUUGUUUAUGACGAUCAAGAGAUCCGCCCAUUGUAUCCUGCAGCGUUCCUUACGGGAAAAAGACUAACGACGCUACCAGCUUCUGACACAGGCGACAUGCCGGAAAGCUCAGCCGACACCAUCCAACGUUGCUGGAGGCAACGAGCGGAAAGCUUACGUACUUUCUGGGAGAAAUGGUCACGGGAGUACCUUACAGAACUAAGGAAUCUUUGGAGCGAACGUCGUGGUAGAGCAUAA